AUGAUGUGCAUUGCAGCUUAUAAAAACAUAUUAAAUGCAAACUAUUUUGAAAAAGGCACUGUGGACAUUGGACGAAAAAAUUUCGAUGUGAUUCAAGAUUUUGUUAAAAACCGUAUUGUAUCCUUCAUCGCUAAAAAAAAAGGAUUCAGUUCAAUUAGUGAUAUAAAUAAAGUGAAAUUGGACAUUGCUACCCAAAUUCCUGUGACAGAUCUAGUAUUCUCAAAUACAGUACUUGGUAAAGGAGCAUUUGGAGAACUACCCUUGAAUGAUAUAGACCGUAUCAAUAUCACCUAUCAGAUGCUCCUUGGCAUAACUUUUCUGCACGAAUUCCGAAAAAAAGUUUUGCAUAGGGACAUUGAACCAGCAAAUAUAAUGAUCACAAAGAAAAAAAUUGUCAAGAUAUGUGACUUAGGAGUUUCCACAAUAAAUCAAUUAGACACUCAACUUUUGACCACACAUGGUCGUAAAUCCUUCGUUGGCACACCCAUGUACAUGGCUCCAGAAGUCUACCUACGUCAACAAGAAGUAACAGAGUAUGGUGACAUAUGGUCAUUGGCCUGUACACUGGUGGAAAUGUUCAUUGUAUUGAAAAGAGAAAUAGAGAAAUGUUUCAACUAUAACCCUGUUAUGUGGCCAAAAGCUAAAGAAAUUCUGAUGGUUUUGAAAAAUAGUGGCAUUGAAGUAGAAAUUUAUUAG